AUGUUUUUUUUUUUUAGUUUUACUUUUUCAAGAAAGAAAGAAAGAAAGAGUUCUACUUUUCUACCCGCUAGUAAAAAGUCCAAAAUAACUUGUGUUGAAGGGCAAAAGUUUAACAUCUCCUCCACAACACACACAAAUUUUCUCUUUUUCCUAUCUUUUUUCUUUACUCUUUCUCUUUUUGCUCUUCCUUUUUUUCUUUCUUUCCUUUCUUUCUUUCACUAUUUAUGUUUUUACUCUCUCUCUUCUAUUUCUUCCUCACUCUCUUUCCUUUCUAUUCCUUUCCUUUCCUUCUUUAUCACGUUAUUUCUUCUUUUUCCGUUUUUCUUUUUUCAUUCUCUCUUGUUUUCUCUAUUCUUAUUCUAUCUCUAUUUUUUCUUUCUCUUGUUCUUUUCUCUUCUCUUUCUUUCCAUCUUCUCUCCUCUCUCCAUUUCCUUCUCUUUUCUAUUUACCUUUCUCCCUGUGUCUUUUUUUCCUUCUUUUUUUUUUUUUCCUUUCUCCCUUUUCCUUUUUGUACCUCUUAGCUUCCUAUCUGCUUCACGUACUUCAAACUAG